AUGGAUUAUGAAGAGACUUUUGCUCCCUUUGCUAAAAUGACUACAGUUCGAACUCUUAUUGUUGUUGCUUCCAUUCGCCGUUGGGAUAUAACUCAAAUGGAUGUCAAAAAUGCCUUUUUGAAUGGCGAUCUUCACGAAGAAGUUUAUACGGUCCCUCCUCCUGGUCUUGAUCAUCAUCCUGGUGAAGUUUGCAGACUUAGGAAGGCUCUUUAUGGUCUCAAACAGGCUCCUCGCGCUUGGUUUGAGAAGUUUUCUGCUGUAAUUACUUCACUUGAUUUUCAUCCUAGCCACCAUGACUCUGCACUGUUUAUCAAAUGUACUUCGACUGGUCGAAUUUUGCUUUCUCUAUAUGUUGAUGAUAUGAUUAUUACAGGUGAUGAUGUUGUCGGGAUUAGUCUGUUAAAGUCCGAACUGACUCGUUGUUUUGCUAUGAAGGACUUGGGUUCCCUUCGUUACUUCUUGUGUAUUGAAGUUGCUUCUUCUCCAAAAGGGUAUCUUCUUUCUCAAUCUAAGUAUAUUUCUGAUAUUUUUGAGCGUGCUUGCCUUUCUGAUAAUAAAACUGUUGAUACUCCAAUUGAGCUCAACGCUCGUUAUUCUGCUUCUGAUGGUUCUCUACUGCCAGAUCCGAGUCUGUAUCAGACUGUUGUUGGAAGUUUGGUUUAUCUUACUAUCACUCAUCCUGAUAUUGCAUAUGUUGUUCAUAUAGUCAGUCAGUUUGUUACUUCUCCUACUACAGUUCAUUGGGCUGCCGUUCUUUGCAUUUUGAGAUACCUCCGCGACACUCAGUUUCAAACUCCUCUAUUUUCAUCUGCUUCAUCUUUAGAGUUAUAUGCUUACUCUGAUGCUGAUUGGGCUGGUAAUCCCACUGACCGCAAAUCAACUACUGGAUUUUGUAUCUUUCUAGGUGAUUCCGUUAUCUCUUGGAAAAGUAAGAAGCAGGACGUCAUUUCUCGAUCCUCAACGGAGGUUGAAUAUCGCGCUAUGGCUUCCACUACUUGUGAAAUAGUUUGGUUGCGAUGGUUGCUUGUUGAUAUGGGUGUCUUUCUGCGGCAACCGACUCCUUUACAUUGUGAUAAUAAAAUUGCUAUUCAGAUUGCACACAAUCCAGUCUUUCACGAACGGACCAAGCAUAUCGAAAUCGACUGUGUCACGACCCACUCUGUGGACCCGUGA